AUGUCGAACAUUGACCAGACCUCCAUCAACACGAUCCGCGUUGUAGCCGCGGACAUGGUCCAGGCUGCCAACUCUGGACACCCCGGAGCGCCGAUGGGGUGCGCGCCGAUGGCGCACGUCCUGUUCACGCGGUUCAUCAAGGCCAACCCCCAGCACAGCAAGUGGCUGAACCGUGAUCGCUUUGUGCUGUCGAACGGGCACGGGUGCGCUUUGCACUACGUGCUUCUGCACCUGAUGGGGUACAAGGUGUCGCUUGAUGACCUCAAGAACUUCCGCCAGCUGAACUCGGUCACGCCGGGCCACCCGGAGAACACGCAUACUGACGGUAUCGAGGUCACAACGGGCCCGCUGGGCCAGGGCAUCUCCAACGCAGUGGGUCUGGCUGUUGCCGAGCGCCAUCUGGCAGCCACGUUCAACAAGCCGGGCUUCCCGCUCAUUGACAACUACGUGUACACUAUUGCUGGCGACGGGUGCCUGCAGGAGGGCGUUGCGUCGGAGGCCAGCUCGCUUGCUGGGCACCUCGAGCUUGGCAACCUGAUUGUCCUGUAUGACUCGAAUGGAAUCCAGAUCGACGGCUCGACGCAGCUGGGCUUCACGGAGGAUGUGCUGAAGCGCUACGAGGCGUAUGGCUGGCAUACACUGGAGGUGGCCGACGGCGACAACGACCUGGAGGGUUUGACGCGCGCCAUCGAGGAGGCCAAGGCAGUCAAGAACAAGCCGACGAUCAUCAAGGUCACCACGACGAUCGGGUUUGGCGCUGCCAAGGCAGGCACUGCCGGUGUGCACGGCGCUCCUCUGGGCGGCGAGUCGCUGGGCGCAGUCAAGACCCUGUUCGGGUUCGACCCGGCGCAGUCGUUCGUGGUGCCGGCGGAGGUCACCAAGCAGUACGCUGAGCGCGCUGCUCUGGGCGCUGCGGCCGAGGCCGAGUGGAACGCGCUGCUGGCCAAGUACGCGUCGGCGUACCCGGCGGAGCAUGCGGAGCUGGUGCGUCGCAUUGAGGGCCGCCUGCCCGAAGGGUGGGAGAAGGCGCUGCCUUCGUUCACUCCGGCAGACAAGGCUGUGGCGACGCGCAAGCUGUCCGAGGGUGUGAUCAAUGCGCUGGCGCCGGUUCUGCCGGAGCUGAUCGGCGGGUCGGCGGACCUGACGGGCUCGAACCUGACGCGGUGGAAGGACGCGGUGGACUUCCAGCCGGCGGCCACGGGCCUGGGCGACUACGCGGGCCGGUACCUGCGGUUCGGUGUGCGCGAGCACGGCAUGGCGGCGAUUUCCAACGGCAUUGCGGCGUACGGAGCGAACAUUCCGUUUGCGUCGACGUUCCUGAACUUCAUUUCGUAUGCUGCCGGAGCCACGCGUCUGUCGGCGCUGUCGCACUUCCGCGUCCUGUACGUGAUGACCCACGACUCGAUUGGUCUGGGCGAGGACGGCCCGACCCACCAGCCGAUCGAGACCUUUGCCAUGCUGCGCGCGACGCCCAACUACCUGAACUUCCGCCCGGCCGACGGCAAUGAGGUGUCUGGCGCCUACUACGCGGCGCUGACGCACGCGACGCGUCCGUCGGUGCUGUCGCUGACGCGCCAGAACCUGCCGCAGCUGGAGGGCUCGUCGAUCGAGAACACCCUGAAGGGCGGCUACCACCUCAAGACGUACGGUGCGGCCGCUCAGCCGGAUCUGGUGGCGGUGGGCACGGGCUCGGAGGUGUCGAUUGCCGUGGAUGCGGCCAAGCUGCUGGCGGAGAAGCACGGGCUGACCGUCAAGGUUGUGUCGAUGCCGUGCCUGGAGCUGUUCAAUGAGCAGCCGGCCGAGUACCGCCACCAGGUGCUGACGCCCGGCGUGCCGUCGAUUAGCGUCGAGGCCCUGUCGACCUUUGGCUGGCACAAGUACGUCCACCACCCGAUUGGCAUUGACACCUUUGGUGCCUCGGGCCCGUACCAGCAGCUGUACGAGAAGUUCGGCCUGGUGCCCGAGACCAUUGCCACCAAGGCGCUCAAGGUCAUCGAGUACUACAAGACCAACGCUGUGCCGACCCUGGAUCUUGAUUUCUAAGUAGC